AUCUUGGGGUAUUGACAUAUAUAUCAGAGCCUUGCUAUUGCCAUCCAACACAGCCUGAAAGCGCAAAUAUGUCGCUCAAUGGAAAUCUCGAGAGCUCAUCGAUUUACAUCGCCAUGAACAGCCGUCCUUCUCCAAGACAAUAUCACUGGGGUUUAAUUAUAACUGAUCACUCUGGGCGGCCUGUUCUUCAUCACGCAUCGAACCUUGAGGGACCUUGGAAGUACGAGGAGAAACAAGGCAACUCAGCCAUAGAUCUGGCUAUGAUUGUAAUAGCAAAAGUUGCCAGUGUAACGAGCGAAACACGCGCAACGCAGGUCGUCCAGUCCGUUCCUGCAGAUGGCGAGCCGUCUCAACGAACCGGGGAGACUUUCACCUGUCGAAUCUGGGUUAAGGAUGCUCUUGUUAAACUCCACGAUAGCGCGGCUAUUUUCCUUCCCAACGAUAUUUAUACCAUUGAGACCCAGGCUAUAUCAUAUGCUGAAGAGUAUGCUGCUGACAGCGAGCAAGGCAAAGGGACAGCAGUUGUAAAUGAUGCCUUUGGAGCAAGUUCGUCGCAGUCAAUGGCAGGCGUCUAAACAAGUGGUCCAGGAGAGAUUUGUGAGACCCUAUGCGAUACUGUACAGCCUGAAUGGCAGCAAUAACUCGGAGUUUGUUGUUUGUUGUUGAUAUUGUAACCAUCCCAAGACCGACCCAGCCGGUCACUGAAUCGCCGAACACCCGCUGAGUAACCACGGCACUUACAAAGCCCAUGCUAUAAGGAACUUAUAGCGCAUAACCACUUUGACAGCGCGGCAUUUGCCGGUAAUUAAGGUCGCCUCACUGUUUCGCUCUGCAUGGUCUCACAACGCUCAAGUUCAGACGCAACACAUACGCUCAGAGUUGGGACCAUGAAUGAAUCAAGACU